AUGCAAGAGGAAAGUGCAGUGAUCGCGGACUUUACGUGUGCGGUGUGCGAUAAGGCGGAUUCGGUAGAUUCGUUAUUGCAGUGCGAUUUUUGCGAUAAAUGGUACCAUUACGAGUGUGCGCACGUGGAUAAAACGGUAGAGACGAGGGCAUGGUGGUGUGCGGAGUGCGAAGUGAAGACCAAACUAGCGAGCGGCAAGAAAGACGACGAGAUAGCGCGCUUGAAGAGAGAGAUGGAGGCUCUUAAAGCCACGACGGAGAAAGCGUUAGCUUUGAUACGGGAGAAGGAUGCGGAAGUAGCUCGGCUCAACGAAAAUAUCCUUCGAUUGCAAGGAGCGUUACGGGGAAAAGCACUAGGAACGGUGCAAGGCCGUCUCCGGCACGCUGACAAUCUGGAGGAAAUAUUGAGCGCGCUUGAAAAAUCAUACGGGCGACCGGAUGUGUUAGUGAAUACGUUGCUCGAACAAAUUCGCGAAUCACCGCCGAUUAAGUCUGAGCGGCUCGAUAGUUUUAUCGAAUACGGCGAUUUAGUUGCUGAAAUAUGUUCAACUAUAAAGGCAAGCGGAACUUCUGACAGAUUGUACGAUGCAGCGCUGCUUCAAGAGCUGGUGGACCGUAUGCCGGCAUAUCUGCGCUGGAGCUGGGGCAUGCAUAGUCAGGAGCUGAAAAGUGUGACGAUGAGCGAGUUCGGUGCCUGGAUUCAGAAGGCGACGGAUGGAGCAAUGGCGGUAACUCCUCCGCAGCUGAAAAAGAAGACGACAACGCGACAAGUGCAUGCGCAACACGUGGAGACGCAUCAGCCCCAGCCCAAUAGGCAUCGAGAGUGCGCGUUGUGUAACAGUGAUACGUGCGGUACGAUCGCGGAGUGUCAGGUGUUUAACCGGUUAAGCGUUGCUGAUAGGUGGGACAAGGUGCGCACCUUGAAGUUGUGCAAACGAUGUUUGGGCAAGCACUACGGCCCGUGCUCGAAGCGUGACGACUGUGGUGUCCAAGGAUGCGUCGCUAAGCAUCACCGGAAGUUGCAUCGUGUCACCAGCGAGGAACGCGUGGAGAUAAAUCAUCAUGGAACGCGCUCCGAUGGUACAUUGCUGCGUUACGUGCCGGUAAAGCUGCACGGUGAGAGUGGUCCAAUUUACACGCAUGCGCUGUUAGACGAGGGGUCGACGGUGACGUUGAUGGAGCAGGAGCUCGCCAGGCAACUUGGGGUCAGCGGCGUUCUUGACUCGUUGUGUUUGCAGUACAGUGCGGGAGAGCGACGCGAUGAACGUGAUUCGGAAAGGGUAGCGGUGCAAGUCUCCAGUGCUGAAGAAAAUGCAUCCGCAUUUUCGAUGGCCGACGUGCGUACAGUCAGCCGGUUAUCGCUCCAUAUCCAAUCGGUCGAUGUGAACGAGUUGAAGCGGAAAUAUAAGCAUUUGCAGGCGAUUCCAGCUGCCUCGUAUGAGGCUGUUUCUCCUCGUUUACUAAUCGGUAUCGACCAUUACAGAUUGACCAGACCUUUGAAAACUAUAGAAGGACAGCCAGGACAACCUACAGCUACGAAGACGCGUUUGGGAUGGCUCAUUUUUGGCAAAUGCACGGAUAACGCUAACGACACAUCCAUUGUGCAGCCGGAGUCUAGCUACCACGUAUGCGAUUGCCAAGGAGAGACCUCACGGGCAGAUCGUAUGAUGGCAGCGUACUUCGAAGUGGAAGGUUAUGGUCCUGCGAAGGAGCCUUUGUUGUCGAAGGAGGAUCAACGUGCGAUGUCGAUUUUGCAAAACAACACAAAACACGUCGACGGGCGGUACACCACGGGUUUACUCUGGCGGAGCGACAACGUUUUCAUGCCGGAAAACCGUCAAAUGGCUCUAUCUAGGAUGGAGUGUCUGGAGCGUAAGAUGAGCCGAAAUACGAGCCUUGCGGAGAAAAUUAACGAGAUACUAGAGGACUACUUGGAAAAGGGCUAUGCCAGACCGAUAAGAGAGGAUGAGCUGAAAACCUUCUACCCUAGGAAAUGGUAUCUUCCAGUGUUUCCAGUGACAAAUCCUAACAAGCCUAAUAAAGUUAGGUUAGUAUGGGAUGCGGCAGCUGAAGUUAGAGGUAUUUCGCUGAACAAGAAGCUGCUGACUGGCCCUGACCUGUUGACGCCGCUGCAAGCCGUGCUAUUCCGUUUCCGUGAAUAUCGAGUCGCGGUGGCAGCCGACAUCCGGGAAAUGUACCACCAGGUACGCAUUUGCGAUGAUGACGUCCACAGUCAACGGUUCCUAUGGAGAUGGGGAAACACAAAUGCAGAGCCGCAGGAGUUUGUCAUGCUGAGGAUGACCUUCGGUGCAGCAUGCUCUCCAAGUACGGCGCAAUUCGUAAAGAACGAGAAUGCGGAGAAAUAUCGUUCCCUGUACCCGCGUGCAGUUCGCUGUAUCCAUGAAGAACAUUACGUGGAUGACAUGCUUACAAGUGUGGAAACGGAACCUGAAGCGAUUGAGCUGGCGUAUCAGGAAGUCUGGCGCCUACACCUUGGCUGGGAUGACGAAGUUCCGGAAGAGAUCCAGCAUAAAUGGGACGCCUGGAUGGAACGACUGCCAGAAUUGGAAAGUUUCAUCAUACCACGUUGCUACCGACAGCUGGCGUCGCUCACCGAAUCAUCUCUACAGCUACACGUGUUCGUUGAUGCUGGUGCAGAUGGUUACGCAGCGGUCGCGUACUUCCGUUUUGAGUGCCAUGGACGUAUCGAGGUGUCGUUAGUUGGAUCCAAAGCUAGAGUGGCGCCUCUAAAGUAUCUUUCCGUGCCCCGCUUAGAGCUGCAGGCUGCUGUGAUGGGUUGCAGAAUAGCCUCGUCUAUAACUAGUGCUCAUCGAGAAACUAUUCGUGGAAGCUACUUCUGGACAGACUCGACUGAUGUUAUAGACUGGAUAAACGCAGACCACCGUAAGUACUCGAUUUUCGUCGCACAUAGGGUUGCUGAGGUGCUGGACACGACGAACGUCGACGAUUGGCGAUGGCUUCCAACUAAACUUAAUGUUGCGGACGAAGCGAUCAAAUGGACCAACCUGCAGCAUCAUCUCGCCUCCGAACGAUGGUUUAGUGGGCCCGAGUUCCUGCAACUACCCGAAGCAGAAUGGAACAUACCUCGUCGAGUACCAUCGGAAACGUCCGAGGAGGUGCGGAAAAAGGAUAGGCUGAAGCUGGUCGGCAUCCACAUAGCGCGUCCGAUUUUCAUCGACUACGAGAGAUUUUCCCGAUGGACGCGGCUGGUCAGGACGAUGGCUUACGAGUGUCGGACCUUUUCAUAUACGGGCAUUGAUUAUUUCGGUCCGAUGGUAAUCGUGAACGGCCGAAAGACGGAAAAACGGUGGGGUGUUUUGUUCACGUGCUUGACGGUUCGAGCCGUCCACAUCGAGCUUGUGCAAUCCCUGUCUACGAGUGACUGCUUGAUGGCAGUUCGGAGCUUCAUGGCACGCCGCGGAACACCAAUCGAAAUAGUCUCCGAUCGUGGAACGAAUUUCGUGGGCGCCGAUCGUGAAUUAAAGGAAGCUGCGGAACGUGUUGAUUCGGCGAUUUUAAAUGAAUUCGGAUCGCCCGAUCCAGUGUGGAAGUUUAACCCCCUCGCAGCCCCACACUUUGGAGGAUCAUGGGAAAGGAUGAUCCAAUCGGUCAAGAGAAUGCUGUCGCGCACCCUCACGGAGAGGCAUCCUACGGAAGCGGUCCUGUCGGCAGCAUUGAUCGAAGUCGAGAACAUGCUCAAUUCUAGGCCACUUACACACGUUCCAGUCGACGGUGAGGAUGAGGAACCGUAA